AUGAUCCAGCCCUUUCAAGAGCCCUUGAAGGACCUGUUGUCCGAGAGGGUGAUGUACCUGAGUUCAAAACUGUUGACUGUUGGUGACGUUAAUGUGGCACCAGUUGGUGCAGGAAGAGGAAAGCAUGAUCCUGCCCUUGCCAGAGCUCUUGAAGGACCUGUUGUUCAAGAAGGUGAUGUCCUCGAAUUCCAGACUGUUGGUGAUGUUAAGGUUGCACCCACUGCGAGUGUUGGAAAGCUGGACCCUGCCCUUACCAGAGCCCUGGAGGCCCCAGUUGUUCAAGAGGGUGAUGUGCCAGAAUUCCAGAGGGUUAGCGACGUGAAGGUAGCCCCUUCGGUUGGGAAGCUGGACCCUUCCCUUACAAGAGCACUUGAGGCGCCUGUGGUCCAAGAGGGUGAUGUGCCUGCCUUCCAGAAGGUUGGCGAUGUGAAGGUGGCCCCCACAAUUGGAAAGCUUGACCCUUCCCUCACAAGGGCCCUUGAGGCACCUGUGGUUCAAGAGGGUGAUGUACCCGAAUUCCAAAAGGUCGGUGAUGUGAAGGUGGCACCCACAGUUGGGAAGCUUGACCCCUCCCUCACAAGGGCCCUGGAGGCACCCGUGGUUCAAGAGGGUGAUGUACCUGAAUUCCAAAAGGUUGGUGAUGUGAAGGUGGCGCCCACAGUUGGGAAGCUUGACCCCUCCCUCACAAGGGCCCUGGAGGCACCUGUGGUGCAAGAGGGUGAUGUUCCUGCCUUCCAAAAAGUUGGUGAUGUGAAGGUGGCACCCACAGUUGGGAAGCUGGACCCCUCCCUCACAAGGGCCCUGGAGGCACCUGUGGUGCAAGAGGGAGAUGUUCCUGCCUUCCAAAAAGUUGGUGAUGUGAAGGUGGCCCCAACAGUUGGGAAGCUCGACCCUGCCCUCACCAGUGCACUGGAAGCCCCUGUUGUUCAGGAAGGUGAUGUACCUGCCUUCCAGAAGGUUGGUGAUGUGAAGGUUGGCCCCGCAGUUGGGAAGCUUGAUCCUGCUCUCACUAGAGCCUUGGAGGCACCAGUUCAAGAGGACAACCUGCCUGCUUUCCAGAGGGUUGCUGAUGUCAAGGUUGCACCAGCAAGUGUACAAAACAUGAAUCCUGAACUUGAGAAAGCAUUGGCGGCACCGGUGGUAAAAGAGGAUGAAAUUCCUGCCUUCCAAAAGGUUGCUGAUGUAAAGGUUGCACCAUCAAGGGUGCAAAACAUGGAUCCGGCCCUGGAGAAGGCCCUCGAGGCACCGGUUGUCGAAGAGAAUGAGAUGCCUGCAUUCAAGCCGGUGUCACUUGAUCAGGAAUCUACCGGUAUGACCGUAAUCCGCCGGGUCAUCAAUCGAGACCCUGCUCUGGAGGCUGCUUUGGAAGAACCAGAGCUGAGUGAUCAUGAUGUUCCCAAUUUCAUGCCAGUAUCCAUGGACGCAUCUUCCACAAUGAAUAUGGUACAGCGUGACAUGGCAAUGGAAGAGCACUUGAAAGAACCAGAAGAGAAUGUGGAACAGGAAAUGUCUUUUCAGGCUGUGUUCCAUGAAGUGGAAGCUGAUCGGCGAAAGAUGCUAACAAAGAACCAUUCAAUUGUGAAGAAGAUGAUGGCCAGCAAGACUGAAUCCUUGGAGAAGAGCUUCCUGGACGACAGUCAAGUCAUCAGUGAAAUGGAACAAUCGUGGCAUCAGAGCAUGCAGGACAUACAGAUGGAGGAGGCUGAAAUUCGCUCCCGCCUUCCCAGAUUGAGUACGAUUGGUGAACGAGCAAAACACAGAAUUGGUGCCAACCAGCCAGGUGAUGUUGUAAGCGAAGCCACCACCGAUGAAGAAGAGGAGGAUGGAGAAGAUGAACCAGAAAAGGAGGAACCAGAGGAGUCACAAGACCAGCCAGCAGAGGAGCCGCAAGAUGAACCGGAAACAUAG